GCCGCGGGCUCGGCGCGAUGGCGGCGGCGGUGCGGGAGCGCCGGGCGCGCUACAAGAGCCCGGGCGGGCCGCCCUGGAGGGACACGUACCGCAGGCGCUGCCUAGAGCGGCUGAGGAGCAGCCGGGCCAAGCUGCUGGACCGCUACCGGCAGGCCGGGGACGCGGCCGGCGGGGCGCUGCUGGUGCAGGAGGUGAUGGAGCAGGAGUGGCAGGAGCUGCGGGACCGGCUGCCCGGCCUCCGCGGGGAGCAGCCCAUGGAGCAGCUGCUGGAGGACCCUGAUGAACUGGCAGUGCUGGAAGAGAUCCAGCAGGAACUGAUCUUGCAAGAGCAGUUGGUGAUCGAGGAGUACGAGCGGAGCCUGCGCUUCGAUGAGGAGUGUCUCAACGCCAUGCUCGACGGCCUGGAUGCCACUGACAGGGUCAUCUGCCCAGUAUGUAGGAAGAAUAACCUGACUGUAAAGGCUCACUUGGUUCAUUGCCAGUGUGGAUUGUACAUCAGCACACAGGAUAUGACAGAAGGGAAGCUUCGGUCACUUCUGGAGAGCACCUUGACAGAGCACAGCCAGAGGUGCUUGCACAGCCCCGAGUUCACAGUCACCAGUGGCAUGGAGGAGGAAGCCAGUCUGCUGAUGAGCUGCUCCGUGAGUGUAAAUGUCAGGUUCCUGGAAAGGAUCCCUCUUGGAUCUAUGGCUCAAUUACAUGGACAGAAACCACAAGUCUGUUGAUCCCUGGGGUUUAUGUGGCUGUUUUUUCACAAAAUUCCUUGGAAAUGGCUUUACCUCUGACCACCAGUAACCAUAAAAGAGAAGUUCCAAAGCACACACCUUUAACUGCUGGAUUAGGGAAGCUGUCAAAUUCAGUGCCCUAACUUCAGCCAACAACUUUUAAGUAUUGUGUGCACCAUCUGGUAAGUGGUUCAUGAAGAAAAGUUUUAAAAAAUUCCUUGUUUAAGCCUCCUGAAAAACCUUCAUCCAGGUGUCUCAGAGAACACACAGCAGCCCUCUGGCUCAAGCUAGAGCUGGUGCUUGCUUUGCUGUGUGAAACAGUGUGAGGACAGUGGCAGGGCCAGAGCAUUUCAAAUACAGCCAUGGAAUUGUUUAAGGUGGAAAAGACCCCUGAGAUCAAGUCCAGCCAUUCCCCCACCACUGCCAAGGGUACAACUAACCCAUGUCCCCACGUGCCACAUCUGCAUGUCUUUUA